GAGGCGUGGAAAGUCAGGGCUGAAGAAUCAAAAGAGAUCGAGAAGAGAGAGAAUUGUAAGUUUUCUGUUGAAAUGUUUUUCCAUGCUGUAUUCCACAAUGAACUUAAUAGUAUUCUGGCAGGUCAGCCAAUUAUUAAAUUGUUAAACUAAUGAAUUUCAGAAUGGAGAAAGAAAGGAUCGAAGCAGAACGUCUUCAUAACAUGACGGAAGAAGAAAGAUUAUUUGAAUUGAGAAAUAAUCCCAAAGUCGUUGUCAACAAGAUGCCAAAAGGAAAAUACAAAUUCCUGCAGAAAUAUUACCAUCGUGGAGCAUUCUUUCUCGUAAGUACAACUAUGGAUUGGUAAACUUUAACCCAUUAAGGUCAGGGGGUAUGGUUAAGGGUUACAACUAUAAAAAAAUUCAAACAUGAGAAAAUUUUAGCAAUUGUUGAUCAUUUUCACAAACAAUAUGAAAUAAUUGUGUUUCAGAAUGAAGAUGAUCAAGUUUACAGACGUGAUAUCACCAACCCAACGUUGGAAGAUCAUUUUGAUAAGACAGUUUUACCCAAAGUCAUGCAGGUCAAGAAUUUUGGAAGAUCUGGUCGAACCAAAUAUACUCACUUGGUGGACCAAGAUACAACUUCGGUAAUUAUGAUAAUUUCAUGUGUGAAAACAUUGCUUCAGAGAAUACCACGGGUUUUCUCUGCGUUCUGCAGGUUUCUCCUGUAGUAACACUGGAUCAAUAAGAGAUGAUCCUUACUGGACCUCUAGGAAGAACAGUUUAGAACUGAUAGAGCUAUCCAGUAUAAAUAAAGUUAGUUUAGUUUAGGUUUCCUCCUGUAGUAACACUGGAUCAAUAAGAGAUGAUCCUUACUGGACCUCUAGGAAGAACAGUUUAGAACUGAUAGAGGUAUCCAGUAUAAAUAAAGUUAGUGUAGUUUAGGUUUCCUCCUGUAGUAACACUGGAUCAAUAAGAGAUGAUCCUUACUGGACCUCUAGGAAGAACAGUUUAGAAUUGAUAAAGCUAUCCAGUAUAAAUAAAGUUAGUUUAGUUUAGGUUUCCUCCUGUAGUAACACUGGAUCAAUUUGAGAUGAUCCUUACUGGACCUCUAGGGAGAACAGUUUAGAACUGAUAGAGCUAUCCAGUAUAAAUAAAGUUAGUUUAAAUAUUGUUAUGUUUUAUUUCUAGUUCGAGUCACCAUGGGCCCAGGAGAGCACGCUAAAUCUCAAGUUUCAAGCGACUCAUUCAGCAGCAACGAAACAAGUUUUCGAGAAACCAUCGAAACAAAGAAAAUGAUUGCAAACCAAGUUUGAGCUUUACAAUUUUUAUUUCUCCCGAGUGCUUGUCCAGGGAUUACUCGCGGGUGGUACUAUAUAUACGGGCACGCGGGCUGGACAUAUCAGGAAUCCCUGAUCCAGUUCACCAUAUAGAGAUCAUGCAAAACAUUGACGUGAUAUGUCGUUAGAACUAUACUAGAAACUGACACUCAAAUAGAAUUGGCAAUUCCAGCUUUUAGUUUACAGGUAUGCGUGCAGGGGACAUAUCACAUUGCUGAUUAUGCUGAAAAAAUUAAAAUGGUGGCCGUGUAAACACGGAGUGACAGCUUAUACUUGUAAAUAUUGAAAUAUUUCGGUUGUUUCGGUAGUUUUUAUUGACAUUUUUCAGCAUAAUCAGCAAUAUGAUACCUUACUUCCCAUCAUCCCCUGCAGGCAUAAACUAAAAGCUGGAAUUGCCUAUUGAUUCAAAUUCCAAUCUUUAAUUGCAGUGUUUUCCACAAAGCGAAGCAAUUUUAUUUAUCCAAACCGCAAGGAAAUUACAAAAAACAUAUCUUAAGGCGUAUGCUUAAUUUAUCACCAUUUUCAAAUGACCAGCUUGCAACGUUUAAGACGUCAUUUCUUUAAAUGGUCAAGGAAACAAAUAUGGCGAAUAUUCAUGAGACGGUCUUUGCUCUAAAAUUCGAAAGAUCUAGUUCAAAUUCCAGCGGUGAUUUUAUAAGCUUUGUUUGCAUAGCACCGUUACAUCAGCUUUUAUUGUCAGGGAAAAUGUGCGAUUACAAGUUCUGUGGAAAUUUUUUAAAUUAUUGAAUAUUGCUGCGUUGUUCCAUUAAAAUAGAAAAUCUAUUCAUUUAGUUGAUUUCGGUCAGAGAAUAAGUCAAAUACUUAUAAGUCAAAUACAGCAAACAAAGGAGUCUAUGAGAGAAACAGAACUUGUAUUUUGAGGUAGUUUAUUUCACAGCUAUCUUGUUAUUGUCGCUAUCUACACUGACACCGAGACCUUCGAGUCUACGAUAAUUAGAUAGCUGUGGAGAAGCAGAACUUGUAUUUUCAGGUAGUUCAUUUUCACAGCUAUCUUGUUAUCGUCGCUUUCUACACUGACACCGAGGCCUUCAAGUCUAUGAUAAUUAGAUAGUUGUGGAGAAAAGCAGAACUUGUAUUUUGAGGUAGUUCAUUUCACAGCUAUCUUGUUAUCGUCGCUUUCUAUACUGACACCGAGGCCUUCGAGUGUAUGAUAAUUAGAUAGUUGUGGAGAGAAGAACUUGUAUUUUGAGGUAGUUUAUUUCACAGCUAUCUUGUUAUCGUCGCUAUCUACACUGGCACCGAGACUUUCGAGUCUAUGAUAAUUGCUUACAUCAUCUUGCAAUGAAGGAUAUUAUUAUUUGAGAAUUACUUGCUGAUAUAUAGCUACUGUAUACGAAGAAAAUUAAUGUGCUGAACUAACUUUGGCUUCAAUUCUUGUCAUAUGUCAAGGGUAUACGUAUAUUCAAUAUUCACGAGCCGUUAUCAACCAAAAUAAUGUUUAUUUUACGAGAAUGUAGAAAUUCGUAAUUGCAGAUAAAUUAUUAGGGAUUAAGUCUGCUGGUUGUAAUUAGUGCUUUCUAAUUAGGUAAUUAUGACUAAUUAUAUACAUCAUCGUAGGUUUACAUCAUUUCCCAGUAAAGUUUCAUAUAUUUUACCAGUAUUUCGCAAGUGUAUCAAUUUCCAAAAUUAAUUAAUCUUUUAUUGGCAAUUUAGCGAAGUUAAUUAGAAUAAAUUGCCUUGCGCUAGGUGA